GUGCUUUGAUUCAUCGUUUUUUUUUUUAUUGUAUUCUUGUCUUUCUUCUAUUUCUCUCUUCAUUCUCUUCUCCUCUUCUCAUUCCCCCCUCUCCGAUCAGCCAACCCCUCUUGUCAGCCAACCGCCGCUUCGUCCAGCCAAUUAACCCCACGGCCCUCUUUGUUCCGACCACCUCGUCCAACUCCUCCUCUUCCUCCUCCUCCUCUUACUUAUCACACCUUCUCCUCUUUUUCCUCUUCCUCUUUCUCUUUCACUUAAUCUCUUUCCCCAGUUUCCCCCCGUCCCUCUUUCAAAGUGUCCCACUCAAACACCGCCGAUCUGGCUACCUUGGCUGACCCCAACGAGUUGUUUUUGCCUGGUGAGAGGCAAAACAAUCUCGCAAUGUCAUCCUCGCCGGUUCCUCUCCUCAAGCCGCCCGUACCUGGCAACCGCGGCAACAACAGUGGUUCCCGACCUCCCAAACUCACCUUGGGAAUUCCUCCAUCUCCAAAUGUUCGUCCGGUCACGGGAACCGGCGUUCCUGUCGCUACCGCCGCCGCCGCCGCUCCCGCUCCCGCGCCUGCUGCUCCAGCAGAGGUCCCUCAGCUGCAGCGCCCAGCAGCUCGCCCAGCGCCUCCCCAGCUACGCCUGAAAACCCCCAUGGGCAGCAGUCAGAAUGUGCAACAAGUAAAGAGUCGACCCGCUCCCCCACCGUUGGCGACCACCGGCUUGAACGAACCGAACGGACACUCGAGAUCGGGUAGCUUCACGUACCUGGACGGGAAGGCCAGUGGGCCCGCCUCCGCUUCCUCCUCCAACUAUUCAGCCCUAUCGUUCGCCAUGGGCCUUCGCCAGCCUCACGGCAGCACUCCGGAUCCGUCGUCAGCGAUUUCUGUCUAUUCCGACCGGGAGAGUGGGGUACAGAUGGAGCGCGAUAGCAGUGUGAACAGCCUAAUUCCGGAUCUGGACAAGAUGAGUCUGGAAAAGGGCAGGCCCCUCGAUGUGGAUGAUUUGGACGAUGAGGCUUGGCUUGCAGCGAGUGAACAGAAGAAGAUCGUGGAAUUGGGUAGCUUGGGUGAGGGCGCAGGAGGUGCUGUCACUCGAUGCAAGCUCAAGGAGGGCAAGACGGUGUUUGCGUUGAAGAUUAUCACUACGGACCCCAACCCCGAUGUGAAGAAGCAGAUCGUUCGAGAACUCAACUUCAACAAAGAUUGUGCCUCAGAGCACAUCUGUCGCUACUACGGUGCUUUCAUGGACAAGUCAACGGGGACCAUUUCCAUUGCAAUGGAAUUCUGCGAAGGUGGCAGCUUGGACAGUAUCUACAAGGAGGUCAAGAAGCUUGGUGGACGGACGGGAGAGAAAGUGCUAGGCAAGGUUGCCGAGGGCGUCUUGAACGGGUUGACCUACCUUCAUAGCAGAAAGAUCAUUCACCGAGAUAUCAAACCAUCGAAUAUUCUUCUUUGCCGAAAUGGUCAGGUCAAGCUUUGUGACUUUGGUGUCAGUGGAGAGUUUGGCACCAAGGGAGACGCCAAUACCUUUAUCGGCACAUCGUACUACAUGGCCCCUGAACGCAUCACUGGCCAAUCAUACACCAUCACCUCCGACGUGUGGUCACUCGGUGUGACCUUGCUCGAAGUCGCCCAGCAUCGCUUCCCCUUCCCUGCCGACGGCACCGAAAUGCAGCCACGCGCCGGUUUGAUCGAUCUACUGACCUACAUUGUCCGCCAACCGAUUCCCAAGUUGAAGGAUGAGCCGGACAACGGUAUUCGAUGGUCCGAGAAUUUCAAAUACUUCAUCGAAUGCUGUUUGGAGAAAGAACCCCCGCGACGAGCGACUCCCUGGCGGAUGCUCGAACAUCCUUGGAUGCUGGACAUGAAAAAUAAAAAGGUCAACAUGGCCAACUUCAUUGCCUGCCUGCAGCAACUGGAUCUCGGCAAUCAUUCAUGCACCUUCCGGACGGAAUGCUCCACCUCUAAUACGAUCGCACAUAACGGUCUCUCCUUUGAUGCUUACAAGUGGCUGGCCCUUGGUUGA